AAUUAUGGAUGAAGUAAACAUUGUGAUACUUUAUCUAACAUGAAUAAGUGUUAUUUUUAUGAGUAAACAGUACUCACACAUGAAUAACAGAAAAGCUGCGUCUCAUUUCGCUCCCUAUGUAGUCAAUCAGUUUAUCAUAAAGACGAGUUCGCUCACUGGACAAAGUGUUCAAACACACAGAAAAACUCCUGCCGAAACGACUGAGAUCCACGUGACCCUGUUAUAAAGAUGGCGUUUAUUAAAGAGGAGAGUGAAGACAUAAGGAUUGAUGAAACGUUCAGAGCGAAACAUGAAGAUACUGAGGAACAAACAGACCUGAUGGCGCUGAAAGAAGAGAGGCGAGAACUGACAAAGAUAGAAGAGAAAGAUCAAAAUGAGAGACUUGACUUCAUGACUGUGGAAACAACUUCAUCACCAAAAAAAGUUCAGAAGACCGAAUCUAACGGUUACUUAACCUGCCAUCAGUGUGGAAAGAGUUUCAAGCAAAAAUAUAUCCUUCAAAUGCACAUGAUUGUUCACACUGGAGAGAAGCCUUUCAAAUGCCAACUGUGUGGAAGGAGAUUUGCACGUAAAGAAAACCUUAAACGCCACAUGAAUAGUCACACUGGACUGAAGCCUUUCAUAUGCCAAGUGUGCGGAGCAUGUUUAGCACAUAAACAAAGCCUUGAGUCCCACAUGAAACGUCACACUGGAGAGAAGCCAUUCACAUGUGAUCAGUGUGGAAUGAGUUUCAGACAUAAAGUAUCCUUUGAUUCCCACACGAAGAAAGAACACUCAGGAGAGAACUGUUUUAAAUGUCAUCGGUGUGGAGAGAGUUUCACUUGUAAAGGAAACCUCAAAACUCAUACGAGACUUCACACUGGAGAGAGUCCUUUUACCUGCAAUGUGUGUGGGAAAAGCUUCACAUAUAGAUCACCCUUUGAUACCCACAUGAGAAGACAUACUGGAGAGAGGCCUUUUGCCUGCAAACUGUGUGGGAAUAGCUUCUCACGCAAAUCAUCUCUUCAGAUUCACAUGGUCGUUCACACUGGAGAGAAGCCGUUUCCAUGUGAUCAGUGUGGAAAGUGUUUCAGACAUAAAACAACUCUUGAUGCACACAUGAAAAGUCACACUGGAGAGAGUCCUUACAUCUGCAAAUUUUGUGGGAAGAGCUUCUCAAGUAAAUCGACCCUUAAUGCCCACAUGAGAAAUCACACAGGAGAGAAGCCCUUCAACUGCAAAGUGUGUGGGAAGGGCUUCGCACAAAAAGGAAAUCUUAAGCUUCACAUGAGAAAUCACACAGGAGAGAAGCCUUUUGUGUGUGGUCAGUGUGGAAAAUGUUUUGCGCGUGAAACGAACCUUACUUACCACAUGGCACUUCACUCAAAGGAGUUUAAAUGUCAUCAGUGUGGACAGAGAUUCCCAGACAAGAGACACCUUACCUGGCAUGAAAGAAUUCAUUCUCGAAAGACUUUCACUUGCCAUGACUGUGGAAAGAGUUUCAGAUUUAAAGGACACUUUAAGGUUCACAUGAGAAUCCACACUGGAGAGAAACCCUUCACCUGCACUCAAUGUGGAAAGAGUUUCAGUCAGAACAUAACUCUUCAGAUUCAUUCGAGGCUUCACACUGGAGAGAAACCUUUCACGUGUCUUCAGUGUAAGAGGAGCUUCACAUAUAAAAGAGACCUGAACCGUCAUUUGCAAACACAUGGAAAGAAACUGCAGUGCUCUGCGAGUGGAAAGAAGCUUAGAAAAAGGAGCAGUUUGAAAAAUCAAAAGCAUGUUCGCUCUGGAGGAAGGCAGUUUAAUUGUGAUCAGUGUAAUAAGACAUUUCUUUUGCCAUCACACUUACAGAUACACCUGAAAAGCCAUGCAGAUGUGAAACCAUAUUUGUGUUCUUCAUGUGGAAAGCGUUUUAAAUGGCUCAGUAGUUUAAAAUGGCACCAGAAAAUACGCAUCUGUGUGAAACUAAAGCUCCGUUCACACCGCAGCCGAAAGUGACCCAAAUCUAAUCAUCUGCCUUCAUGACCAUUUGCAUUCUUCUCCUCGAGAUAGACUCUUCUACAUUUUUAACCGCUGUGUAUGUGACCAUCUGCUUUGCUAUAAUUCAGUUGUUUGGUAUAAUUCAAUUUUGGUUUGCGGCAGGACACACCUUUGUGUAUAUUAAAUUCAUCUUUGAAACUUUACAGAUACUUACAUUCAUAAAUGUCAAAAUUAAAUGUCAUUAUUAUAAGUGUCGUUAUUGUUAGAUUAGUUCAUUGUAAAGUUCAUUAGUUAUGAAACUCAAUUAUGAAGGCAGGAAAUAAUGUCAUUAUCCAGAUUAAUUCAGUUCCAUCUUUUGUUCUUAUCUGAGGGCCUGUUUCCACCUGGUCACUUCAUGCAUUUUCUCUGAUCGGAUAGCUAUCUGAUUUUUUUUAAAAACUGUUCCAUUUACACUUGGCCAUAAAUGUAUCUUCGCAAAAUGGAUAUAUAUCCGAUCUUCAGUUCCCGUACUGUAUGCAAAUUUAACAGAUUUCACGACAAUGAAAGCAACAGAUAUGUGCUGUAUUUAUUUAUCAAAAGAUAAUUUCAAGAUCAAAGACUGCAAUAGGAGAGAGCGUGGCAUCAGCACUAGUUAAGAUCAUUUAGUAUCACUGCUUUUAAUGAAGAUGAUUGUGUGUUUAAGCAUCUGCAACGUACUUUUAGUUUCAUUUGCGGCAGUUUUUCCGUCGGCUUGCUGAAGAGAUACUCAGCUACCCAUCUGCAACGAUGCAUGUUGCAUUAGCGCUGUCGUAUCUUAUUAUAACAUAUCAUAGCCUAUAAAAUGCUCUUUAUUAUUUUAACAUUUUGGGAGGAGUAAAAUUUACAUACGUUUUUUCAACCAGAUGCAUUUUCACUUGUCCAGCUUCGUCUGGAAUGCAGUCCAGACCACCUCCUGAAGUGGUUUGAGCGAUCAGAUUUAAAUCCGUCUCGAAAGAAUGUCGGAGGGCAUUUACACCUGGUCUUUUCAAAAUUGGAUAUCUAUCCGAUCAGAGAAAACGUACAAGGUGGGCAGGUGUAAACAGGCCCUGACAGUGUCAGUGCAGCCUAAUUGAUCAUUUCUGAAUAUUACUGAAUCUUUAAACCCCAACUGAGAAGGCCAAAGGUGACAAUGGCAGGGAACACAAACUCAGGUGACCAUAGUGGAAGAAAAACCUUGAGAGAAACAAGACUUAGUUGGAGGAACAGUUCUCCUCUGGCCUCAAUGAACAAACACUGCAAUUUAAGAUUGAAGGCUGUAUCACAAAAAAAUUGGUCCACAAGUCAUUUCUGUGAUUGACAGUGAUAACUGUAGCAAUGAACGGAACAAAAUAUCUGACAAGACAAUGUCAAAAUAGACCUGUGUAUUAAGUGAUUCGGAGUAAAUUCAGAGUAACAGAACUACAACAGCAACAUGGUGUUAUUAUUGUAAUAUGUGUGCUUUGUAGAAUAAUUUUUAAAUCUCAUAUUAACAACAAAAUAUGAGUUUGAAUUUGUUGUUGGCUGCAUCUUACAAGCUGUUGUUGAAAGUAAAAAUAACUAACUUGUUUACAUCUCUGUUUCAGUCUCUGUCAAUAUAAUAGUUGUUACUGCUUCAGUCUCUUGUUGCCAUUUUAUGUCAAAGCAAUGUAACUAAUGUAGCAUUUGGACCAAUCAGACACACAACUAUUUGUUAUAUUUAACAAAUAAUCUCUAAGGCGCCCUCACCUAACCAAAGGGCCAACAAUGAGGGUCUAUGGACCCUUCCCCCGAAAUGCAACUAACACUUCAAAAGGGCAGAACAGGCCUCUGGUUCCAUGGCAACCAAAAACAAACCAUCUGUUAACACUAGUUUUAUUCUCACAGGAAUGCGGGCAGAGCAACUUUAGGAAAGACACAUAAUGACCAUAAAAAUGGACUCUUCUCUAAUUAAUUCAUAGAAAAGUAUUUCUUUGAAUGAACACGCAUAUCCUUCAGGUCAUUGUGUAUAUUGUUACUGUUCUUGUAUAUUGUCUUUUGUAUUGUAUGCUGUUUUAUGCAUGCUUAUGAUAGAACCACUUGUUCAUAUAACCUUACCUAUACCGUAGUUUAGUAUCGAUGAAUUCGUCUUCAGAUGAUAAUUGAGAGUUUAUAUUACAUGUUGAUACAUAGGUAACAUAUAUUCAAAUUAUAUAUGCAAAUUACCAUGCUCCUAGACAAAGGGUCAUAAAACCCCCCCAAAUAUUUCCAACCUCCCACCUGGAAAUUCAGCCUUUCUCAUUGGUCAAGCCCAUCCUGAGAGGCGUGACUCUUCCCAUACUUUAAUGUGCUCACACACAGUUCCGCCUGUGCUUCCGCUAAAUCUUCUGCCCGUGUGGAGAGCCUGAGCCAGUGUGGGCAUACCCGGUGUGCUCCAACAUAUAAUCAGUCUGCGGUUCUUUUAGAUCCUGAGAGGAUGAGGAGGAUGAGCUAGAACUCUUCUGGACUCCUAAGUUGGUGCCAGGCCUCGCGUCUUUGACUUUCCAUUCAUCAAAGAUCCUAGGAUCUUAACUGAUGUCUCUCUUAGCUCUUUUUCACUUUCCACCUGGGAAGAAACUCCCAAAUCACCAUCGAGUCGGAACAUCUUUGGAAUUCAUCACUCUUCAAACCAGGAAGAACUUGAUCGCAAGUCCGAACCCUUGAAACCAUCAAGACUUUCAUCUGAGACUGCAUCCGCACACUCGUCAACGACCAAGGCGCAAUGCAAGUAUCGUACAUUUAACUAAACUAAACAAAGGUUUAGUAUAAGCUAGACCCCGUUAUAAACGGCACUGAUGGUUUUAUUCAGGUGGUUAACUGACUCUUUUCAUAGCUUCAUUCUCUGGUUUCCUGAUGGUUUCAUCCAUCAAGUCUCAUUUGCCCUUUCCCAUGUAUGAGUGAUUGUAUGUUUGUUUG